AUGCGGUUUCAACUUGUAGCCGUUGCCUUGUUUGCCGUAACGACUGCAAUUCCUGUACACGUGCAACCAGGCCUCGCGGAUCCGGAGCUCAUCAUAGCUCAACCUGAUUUAAAUGGACCUGCACCCAUCAUCGUAAAACCUGAUCUAACAGGACCUGCACCAAUUAUUGUUAAACCUGAUCAAACAGGACCUCCGCCUAUCAUCGUCCUACCUGAUUUAACAGGCCCUGAGUCCAUCAUUGCUCAGCCUGAUUUAACUGGACCUGCACCAAUUAUUGUUAAACCUGAUCAAACAGGACCUCCACCUAUAAUCGUUCUACCUGAUUUAACAGGCCCUGAGUACAUCGUCGUCUUACCUGAUUUAACAGGACCUGCACCAAUUAUUAUCAAACCUGAUCAAACAGGACCUCCACCUAUAAUAGUUCUACCUGAUUUAACAGGACCUGCACCAAUUAUUGUGAAACCUGAUCAAGUGGGCCCUGCACCUAUCAUAUUAAUACCUGAUUUAACAGGCCCAUAG